GUGGGCCACCAGCAUUACCCCAACGGGUAAUUAUCCUCCGGCAAUGGCAAAGGAUAACAACAACAUCAACACGGAUGAUCUGACCGGUGCGACGCCAUCGUCAUCCGUGAAGACGGUCCCGUCACCGUCUUCCUCUUCAUCAGUCGUGGAAAAUGAACCCGGUUCUUCAAACACGGUCGACGCAGUGGUACAGUCCACUUCUCCCUCACCAGCCACUAGCACCCCACACGAAGCUCCACGAAGAGAGGAAAAUCCUUUUUCCUUUAAACAUUUUCUCAAAUGGGACGGCAACCACCAUCAGGCAAUGAAUGGUGGUGCCAGUUCCAGUGCCGGCGGCACAGGGACAAUCCCAUCCAGCAGUAUCAAUCACAGCCGUAGUGCAUCUAGUAUAAAUGGACAUGGUACGGAUGGCGGACCGGGUUGCGGUACGAAUGGAACGAAUGGGGCAGCAAGCGGAUCAACGGGACUGGCACCAACGGGAAGUAAUCUAGUGACGGUAACGACCGCCAGCACCAGUACCGGUUCACCGUCGAAAUCGGCCACAACGAGUUCGCUUAAUGUGGUGAGCUCAACAACGGGCGCACGGCCAAAAAUUCCCCAAUUCCAAUCGGUCAACACACUCAGCAGUGAGUCGAAGAUGAAGCGUUCGCCACGCUUUCCUUCGUUCGAUUCCCAGUCCAGUUUGUCGGAUUUUGCGGACGAUCGGUUCGGUUCGAUCUACCAGAGCCGUAGCAAUGGUUCCUUUAGUUCGGAUUAUCCGCCCGCUGCUGGUGGUAGCAGUGGAACCGGUGGUUUGCAGGAAGACACAGCAAACGGAAUAGAUCAGCUGGGUGAGCAGAUGGAACUGCUUCGAGGGUAUGUCCAGCGUUCCUACUCGAAUUACGAUCUCGACAGUCCUGGUUCAUCGGCAAUUGGACCGGAUCGACGGAAUCCGGAUCAGGAAUCGCACAACGAUGCCCCCGAACGACGAGGUCUUGUAGGAGCGGCCGAAUUUUCCGCUGCCCUGCCCGACUUUGUCCAGGAUCACCUCGUGAUGGAGCAGUGGUACAAUACGCUGCCAAAGGGUGGUGUCGGAAGCGGAGGUUCGUCAGCCGGAUCGGCUGAAUUCGACGAUGUGCUGGAUCUGACCGGUGUUGCCAAUGUGUCAAGUGGAGCCCCACUUUCUUCCUGUAAUGAUAUUCCGUUCGAUUUGACGGCAACCAGCACCACUAGCAGUAGAGGCAUGGGUCGAGAUCCGAAUGUGACCGGUGCGGGACACCGGCAUUCACUUGGCGUACGGCUUGAUCUUCCUCCACGUUGCGGCGGUGGCGCAAACCCAACCGGGCCGGAACUUGAGUUUGAUCUUCCACCACGAUCUCCAACUUCUUCGUCCUCAGAAUUGCCACCGGAUCUUACGGAAGGAAAUGCAGGUGGUGUGGGAGAGCCGGGUGGGUCUGGUGGGGUAGGUCAGGGAGGAAGGACACGCUCGUACUACUAUUCCGUCUCUCCUCCACCGGGAUCGGUUUCCAGUGGGACUGAUAAAAUCCAUCGUUUACCGGACUUCCUGUCCGAUGGGCCAAUUCACUCGUCUGGCCGGUUAGCGGACGUUACGCACGAUACACCGCACGCUUCGGAAACAGCAGCAGCGGCCGCAUCAGACCGACGGCAGCGGUUACAGCAGCGACAACGUGAAGCUCAGUACCAGAACCGGCUCGGUGCCGAGCUGAUGGAGAACGAACGGUUAAGGCGUGAGCUGGAAGCUAGUCGACGAACGGUUAGCGAGCAAUCGCGCCGUAUUCGGGAGCUAGAGCGAGAUCUGGAAACGAUGGUAACGCUUGCCCGGCCGGGUGGAUCGAUCCCGCGUGACGGUGGCAGCGGGACCACGCAAUCGAACGCGAGCAGCUUCCUGCAGGCGAAAACGCGUGCAGCCACAGCCGAGGCAGAGAUGAAACAGUUGCGACAGAAGAUGAGUAGUCUUGUGGUCGAAAUGGAAGCACUGCAGAGGGAAAACGAAACGCUUAAGGAGGAAGCAUGCGGUGGUGGCGCCAUCGGGGGUAGCACGGGUGCGGGCGCCAGUGCUAGGGUGCGCCAGGACGAUGGUGACCGCAGUAACCGACCGAAACGGGAACGGUCAUCCGCGUUCUUGCGCACACAAACGAUCGCUCUACGGCAGGCGGCUUCAACGGCGGAAAGCAAUCUGAGGCAAUUGCUAAGUGGAGUUGAAAAUCUUCGAACGAUGGCAAAUCAGAUUGAAGCGUUCAGAAUCACACAGGACGACGCAAAACCGGAGCCAGACUCGAUUCCUCUCGAAGACUUUUUGCAUGACGUCGGCAUCAACAGUGAUGAUGAUGAGGAUGAUGACGAUGACGAUGAACCGUUUGGUCCAGCGCUGUAAAUA